AGCUCCUGGCCUCCAGGCUUCUCCCACCCAUUGAGGUAUUGACUAACCUAUUUCAGGUGUCAGCACUCAGGUUCCCUUAUAAAGGUUCGCUGUCUCCUAUUGAGGGCCAUUUCUUCAUCCUCUCCUGGCGCGCUUUCUGGGGACAGCGCCAAGCCAAGAUGUGUACGAAGACCGUUUCGCUGAAAAAGUUCUCAUGCGGCGACGAGAAAGAAGAAACUGUCAAUUUUGAGCCCUGCGGCGAAAUGACCAAGGAAGGCCACGAAGUCAAAGUUAUUACCUUGGGCUCCAAAAGGCGUCUACCGUACAUUGGCAGCACUUCACACUUUUUCGGUGCGGGCGAUGGUGUGGUAGUAAAGUCGCCCAUGAAGAUUUGGGAAGCGAAUGCCAAUCGCCGAGCCCUGGAGGCGAAAAACGCCGAAGCGAUUGAUAUGGAGCGACAAAUUUUAGAGAGACUGGGUCAUCAUCCCAGAAUCGUUCCAUACCUGGGAGCGUAUGGCAGCUCCUCCAUCAAGCUUAGCGAAGCCAGCAAUGGGACUCUGCAGGCGUAUUUGGAGAAGCAUAAUUCAAUAAUCGGGGAGCGCCUUCGCUACAAAUGGUGCAUAGAGCUGGCCGAAGGCUUCGCAUUUAUACACUCGAAAGGCGUGAUACAUUCCGACAUGAGGCUCGAUAACGUCCUUGUGAACGCCAAGCUAGGCCUCUGGCUCUGCGACUUUGGUGGAUCGACGUGCGACGCGCUGGGAUUGAAUGGCGGACACUUUCCGGACGACCCGUUCUUUGACCCACGACUAGGUUUCGUCUCAACACCAGCGACCGACAUCUUUAGCCUGGGGACCCUGCUGUUCGUCAUUCUUACGGGGCACCUUCCCUUCGGAACAGGCCUUAAGGGGGAGCCGUUCGCUAACUGGCGUGCUUAUGAAGAACAUGUGAACGAGCGUUUUAAGGCAGGAGAGUUUCCGGAUGUGGCGGGGUUAACGGGCGGGAACGUUAUUUGGAGAUGCUGGCACCACAAGGACUUUGGAUUUAAAACGGCGGACGAUGUAGUCGUGGUUCUGAAGUCUCAACUACUCAAGUAGAGAGUAUUUAGAGCGCUGGAGCACUACAGAGCCUGCAGCAAGAGAAUUGCUAUCUGAACAGGCCUCCGAAUUAC